AUGAUUGCAAGAGGUUUGCUAUGGGCCUUGCUGCUGCAAGACAACGCCCCAGUUCACACCGCUCAAGCAACUGUAGACCCUUGUUCGCACCUGCGCUACGAAAUUCUACCACAUCCGCCAGACUUGGCACCGGGCGAUUUCUUUCGUUUUAGACAAUUAAAAGAAUCUGUGCGUUUUGCCAGUGAUGAUCAUGUGAUUGCUGCAGUGAAAAACGUUUUAGAGAGCGAGACGCAUAACUUUUAUAUCAAUGGCAUAAGACAAGUCAUUCAUCGACACACACAAUACAUCGAUGAGAAAAAUGUGUAA